ACUGAAGGAAGCAGUUACUCACGUCUUCACGCUCGAACGCCUGGAGAUUCCCGUGACGAAAAAAUCAAAACUGCAUGUAGACUGGGGCUAUAGCAAAUCUCAAGGUAACAUCGCAUCGGAAAAAACGGAGUACUGUCGAGCUUUAUUGUCCUACCUGCGCUUGCUCGUGAAUCCAGAGACCAACUCCGGCUUCAAGGAAACCGACCGGCUUCUCAAGAAAUAUCUUUCUGAAACAGAAACAAGCGAUGGCGUGGCCCGCUGUAGCGACGAUGAUCAGCGACGAUUUACAGUAGCCGUGCUUCGCGUCCGGCUCAGACUUUGGUGGAAUGGCAGGAUGGACGGUUUGGUCGAAGAGACAACUGAAUUGCUGGCCAAGGUCAAAGCCCUACGUAACCGCGCGGACAAACGAGCAGAAGGUGAGUUUUACGCGAACAGAUGCUUCGUGUCACUCCUGUCAAACGUGGCCGGCGCGUACUUCGAUGAACAGGCCCGACUUCCCGAUUCCCCUCGAAUUUUAGAACUGGAGAAGGAGGUUCGGGACGAAUACGACAGACUUAAAAGGCUGCUUCUACGACCAGGACAUGACACCGAAGCGAACCUGCGACGUGUGGAGUAUUUGGAGAUGUAUGUCCUGCGCAACUCACUAUUUCGCGAGGGCAAAACUCGCCUUACAAAGCGGAACGACGCGUCGGACGAGACGGUGGACCUCCUGCAGCGUGUGCGCCUCAUCUCGCACAGGUUCUUCAAGAAACACGGCACCAAAGACGAGACGGAUCUUGCAUCGCGUUUUCCAGCUCUUCCGGAGUUGGAUGUUUGGGCACGUUGGUUCUUGAUGAGAGCCUACCAGAUGCGACAAGAGGAUGAUAAAAUUCCUCCGCUGAUUAAAGAAAUCGAUGCAACGCGCAAUAGGCACAUGAAGCGAAUUUGUGAGGCUUGGUAUGGCGUGGAAGUCCAAAAGAAGCCCCUGAAUCAAGUCGACAAGCACCUGCUGCAGCAGUACCCCCCGGGAAAGGAUAUCGAUGACUCGAUGCCCGAAACGCUUCGCGAAUUGGUGGAUGCAUUACACUACGCUCAGGAAAGGACCAACGGCGCUAUGAGCCCCGAAGAUGAUCUAGCUGCACAUAUUACACUAUUGAAGAAGCACGAUAUCGGACCAGCAUCUGCUAUAGGCGCUGCGAGGACUAUUCUGACCACGAUUGCAAACGCGGACCAAGGGCGAUCUCAAGGUUGUGGUGCGACUGCGAUUCCGGAAGACGCACGAAGUGAAGCACUUCGGCUCGUCCUUUACCCUCCGUCGCAGCUGCGGCUCCUUGCCACACACACUCACAUGGACUUGCUGAGUAAAGAAAGUCGUUUUCUACACGAUCGACUAGCUCUCUGUCCCAGCAAAGAAGAUAGGGCAGAAUACGCGGGCGGAGCGCUUCCUGGAGGCAUCGAUCAACACAAGAACUGCCAUGUUCUUCUACGGAAUUCGCAAAGGUGGAGCAGUAAGUGGGAACUCGGCCGCUCGGACAAAGGAACGCUGUCUGCAGAUGUCCUUGCAGCUUUUGUCGGAGUCUGUAUGCGAGCAGGAGAAUCCGUCGGCGAAGCUCUUACGCCUGGUCGUGAUUCAGAAGGAAAGACAGUUUCUAACACAAAUGAGCCUGGCAAAUCCGGAGUUCAAGAAGUUAACGCGGAUGCCCGCCAAGCUGCCCGAUCUGCUGGACGACGAAGAGCUCCGGCUCGACCUGUUACGUGCCGCAGACGAAUCCAAAUUCCUCCCAACGCUGCCGCAGGGAAUUUGGCACGGAAACCUCGAGGAAACGGCCGACCUUUCCCCCGAGGAGCAGCGGAAGGUUCGCGUUCUCGCGAUCCGGAAGCUGCUUGAGGACCGCGAGGCUGAAAUUUUGGGGCAGAGCGCUGCCGACGAAGCAGGUGGUGGCGGCAACGGCGAAUCUGAUGAUUGCUUUUCCCUGUUCCGCGACGACGUUCUCCAGAGACUGUUUCAGGCCGGAGCGUAUUUGUCGCAGUACUAUGCGCAAAAAGACACAUUUCUAGCAGAAGAGAAGGUGCAAAGGCUGCGAGAGGCGAAAUCGCUUCAGAAGGCAGCGGAAGUGGCGGAUCAAGAAUGUAUGCGAUGGUGUCAUCCGUCACUGCCCGCAGGCUGCAUCACAGAGCAUGAAGCAGUUCCGCUUGUGAGAAGGGAUCACGGAGUAUCGGGUGGGAAGAAUGGAAGUGGAGCAGCAAGAACCGCGAAGUGGUAUGCCUUUCUAGGAUCCGGAUAUCGAGACAACCCAGUUUACAAAACGGCACUAGACCAGGGGUUCGCUCGGAGAUUCGAUGACGGCGCAGGGGUGAAGUUGCUGCAAAAUCGGUUGCUGGAGCUCAAGGUUGUCGGCAAACACUCUGGACUGAGCAGCAGCAACCGCACUUCGGCAAACUGCGACACGAGGCUGUACACGCAACAAGUGUACCACAACGAAGAAGACUGCAAUUUGAUUAUCUUCGACAAGGAAGGAAAUCACGAGAAGAUAGCGCGUGAAGUUCAGCACGCGGGGCUCAAGUGGAUCCCUGCAUUCUCAGCAACGCCUGAACCAGAGCAAGAGGAAAGCGCGUGACGGUGCUAUCAAGAACACUACACUACGAAGGGCCAGCACUUGCUCGACUUACAUACGCAACCUAACGAAGAAGUCAUUGGUCAUCCCCGUCCCUCCAUUUUUAAAACCUGAAAGAUAAACAGCAUUGGAAAAGUACAAGAACCCCAUUCAAGCGAACAACUCAUUGCCUCUUCAACGCUCUACACAGCUACAUACAUUCAUUCUCCGUACUGAU